CAGCGCUCAAUCGGUCAGCUAGCUAGUAGCUAUUUGACAUACAACAUGGCUGCCCCUGUGCAGCACUGUGAGGUGGGCUGCAGAGGUCUGUUACAGAAGUUUUGGAUGCUACUUCUCUCAGGGAUCUUCGUAAGUUGUUGCGUGACAGAGGUUGCUGCUUCUCCGGAGCCUGGGAAAUGGGCAAUUACCAUUGUCAAUACAUCCAGGCCGAUGCUCAUAAGAAAGUCCAUGUAUACUGGAACAGACAUAAGAUUGAAAGUCACAGCCCACUGUCCAGAGGAUGUGACAUUCACUAUUCGGUGGUAUCUCAAAUUCUACCCCUGUCACAACGAUUUCAACAACCUCGAGGAGAUGUAUGACAGGACGCCUCUGAGCAGGGGCGAGGGACUGGACCCAAAUCCUUUCGGCCUUGGAGAAUACCUAGAGCAUAAGUACAAGCCCAUUUCUUGCUCCAAGGAUCUGUCCAUGUUUCCCUCUCUAAAUAAAACAAAGGGGACGGCCCGCAUUGUAAACCCACAGGAGAUAGGAAUACAGAGUGCAAACUACACUAGCUGGUUGGAGGAGGAGGUGGAAAAACAAGGAGGUCUGCCGGAUGUCAUUGCUACGACAUGGAGAGAUGGGCCUUAUUUAUUGGUGGUCAAUAUAACAUCAAGCAAGCCAGAGUCUGACUGGAAUUUGACAGUCAGUCUGAUCAUGAAGGGGACCCAUGGUUACAUCUCGGUGACUGAGUGGCCGUUGAUGAUUUUCUACAUGGUGUCGUGCAUAGUGUACAUCCUCUAUGCGCUGCUGUGGUUCGUUUGGGCCUCGUGCUACUGGAAGGACCUGCUGCGUAUCCAGUUCUGGAUCGCCGGCGUCAUCUUCCUGGGCAUGGUGGAGAUGGCCGUCUUUUGUGCCGAGUAUGAGAACACCAACGCCAACGGGGAAGCCACCCAAGGGCUGCUGAUCUUUGCUGAACUGGUGUCUGCUCUGAAGAGGACCCUGGCUCGACUACUGGUCAUCAUCGUCAGUCUGGGAUAUGGCAUCGUCAAGCCUCGUCUGGGUACGGUGAUGCACAGAGUGGUGGGACUGGGCGUUCUCUACUUUGCCUUUGCCGCCAUCGAAGGAGUCCUGAGGAUCACCGGGGGUCGGGACAAUGGGCCUAGCCUAAUAGCACUCAUGGUGCUAGCCUUGCUCGACUCCAGUGCAGCUUGGUACAUAUUUGUGAGCUUGGCUCAAACUAUCAAGACGCUGAAGCUGAGGAAAAACCACGUCAAGCUCUCCCUGUACCGACACUUCACCAACACACUCAUCUUUGCAGUCCUCGCUUCCAUCGUUUUCAUGGUGUGGACAACGAAAAAGUUCCGCUUUGCAGAUUGUCAAUCCGACUGGAUGGAGCUGUGGGUGGAUGAUGCCUUCUGGCGUUUCCUCUUCUCCAUUAUCCUGCUGGUCAUCAUGUUCCUCUGGAGGCCCUCAGCCAACAACCAGAGGUAUGCAUUCACACCUCUCAUGGAUGACUCGGAUGACGAAGAAAUUGAGGAGUUCCUGGUGUCUGCAAAUCUGGCGGAUGGUAUUAAGCUGAGGGCCAAGAAUGAAGCCAACGGCACAACACCCAAACCAGCACCCAAUCCUGAUGAAGACUUGAAGUGGGUGGAGGAGAACAUCCCUACUUCCCUGACAGAUGUGGCUCUUCCUGUGCUUCUGGACUCUGAUGAGGAAAUAAUGACAACCAAGUAUGAAAUGAACAAGAUGGAGUAGAGAAGAGGGGGGCAUGGGUACGUCUCUCCCCUCCCUCCUCAUGGAGGCUUUCCUGUCGGACUGACUACCACCAUCAGCACCUGCUGGUCUAAGGAGGGCCGAAUGAACACACACCAAGCACAGAGGGGCGACUCUGGCUCAGGACACUGGAGGAGAGGGAGGGAGGGAGGGAGGGAGGAAGGGAGUCUGCCUGGUCAGGCAAAGCAGAUUGAUUGAUGAGACUGUUUCUCUCUUCUCUUGCUUUCUUUUUUUGUAUAAAAAAAGAGAUUGUGAUGUUACCUCAAAGUUCCUUCUUGAAAGUGUGAACAUGGCUUCGCCUGCAUUCACAUUGGACCUAACUGACAUCUAAAAUCCUCUUUUUAGAAACAAUAUUCUGUGAAGUAAACGACACACAGCCCACCCCCCCAAAAAAGACCCCCUUUAUUUUUCACUACAUGAGGGAACUGAAAGUAAUAGCAUAUCAUGUUUUUUUGUGUGUGCGAAACGAACAAGUAAUUUAACGUUGAAUGGAAUGGUCUAGAGAGGGGAUGUAAGUUGGAACAGCUGGGCGGGAGUUUCCGGUUGACCAAAGUUGAGAUUAUAUUUCUUACGUUUCCUGUUCCUGCUUGUUUAUAAGGCAGUCAGUACGCUAAGUGUUAUUUAUGUGUUUAUGUGUGUGAAGCAGGUUUGCUUCUGUUCAGUCUGGAAAUGUAAUGUGAAGUACUGUAUAAUUUGUCAGAAAUGGUGUGUGCGUGCCUGGGUGCGUAUGUGUGCGUGCGUUCGUUCGUCACGACCACAGGUUGGUCUUCAGAGUAUGCGACUGUGUGUGUGUGCAGUGAAGUGUAAACAGCAAUCUGAUAUAUUGUAUGCAUUAGUGCCGUGAGAAGAGUUGAGCAGUGGAGGGGGAAUGGAGGCAGUGAAUGGAUGCUGGCUGCAGUUUCCAUGUAGCCAACAGUUAAUGGGUGUCUGAAGUCCUGCUUGGAGCAAUAUUACUGCUUUGAUUAUAGAGUACAGUCUCUAUAGCAGUUGCCCUCUUUUUUCCAGCUCAUGCGCUUUGUUUUCAUUUUUAUUUGUUUUUGUUUUUGUUUGUUUUCUUUUUGUUCGUUUUUUUCCCCCCCAUUGUCCCCACCCCAUCUUAUCUUUCCUGGUAUGUUGUUUUAUGUAGAAGUGUACUUAAUUAUCACACAGUCGCCUUUGGUUAAUAUUAAUAUUUUAUUUCUGUCUGCUUUUUUCCGAUGUUGGUAUUACAGGACUAUCCCAGAAUGCUUCAAUCUU